AUGAUCGUKGUCGCUCUGUUUGGUUUAGCAAUACUGCAGCACACGGCUGCAACAAAAUGCAUUUCUGCCAUUGCUGGAGAUCGUAUGUUGGAAUCAAAUUCAAAAAUAAAAUCUGGAGAAAAUGUCUUCGUCGUUAAUGAUUUGUACGAUUGGAAUGAUUAUUUCAGUGAUUUUUUCAUUAGUUUCCAACAAAUCACAGAAGAAUUCACGAACUAUAAUGAAAACUAUAUCGAUCAAACUAUAGAAGUUACAAACAACGUCGACGAAUUACGCGACUUUCUGAAUUACUCUGUGCCUUGUGGUGUGCAGGGUACGAGUGAAUGGUCGAGGUCUGAUGGUAAUGGUCGAAUAGUCGGCGGUACGGAUUCGAUACCUGGCGAGUUCCCAUGGCAGAUAUCGUUGCAACUCGUCACCGGUAUGACGGCCAGACAUGUGUGUGGUGGAUCCAUAAUCAACGAAAACUGGGUGUUGACGGCAGCGCAUUGCGUGUACGGACAGUCAAAAAACGCACUGUCCGUGGUGGCCGGAAAAAACGACCUUUACACGGUCGAGAAUCACGACCAGAGAGUGAAUGUCGCGGACAUACAUUUAAACGGGUUCGACCAUGAAUGGAUGUCCAGAGACAUCGCGUUGCUCAAAGUGUUUCCGGCGUUGGUGUUCGACGGUAGUCACGUGUCUCCGAUUUGUAUUCCAAGACCUGAGACACGAUUCGAAAAUGCUUUGGCGGUGGUCACAGGAUGGGGACGGUUGUCCGAGAACGGUGAAUUCGCACACGUCCUGCAAAAAGUACGAUUGCCCCUCAUUGCGUUGAACGAUUGUCUGAACUUGUAUAACAGCGCAGGUUACGGCCAUUACGUCAGUCAGUGUGUGGUAUGUGGCGCUGGAACGUCAGAUUACGAAGCGGAUUCUUGUCAAGGUGAUUCCGGUGGCCCACUGAUUUGUCUGGCCGACGACAACCGUUUCUACCUGUGCGGAAUCGUCAGCUGGGGACUCGGCUGUGCCCAUCCGACCUUUCCUGGAGUCUACACCGCAGUGUCUUGUUACUCAGAUUGGAUAAGAAAGACGAUCGCGGAUUAUGAACAACCCAGCUACCCAUAUUAACGAACACGAUGAUUUAACUUUUACUCGAUUUUUUUUUUUUCAUUAUGAUUAUUAUUAUUAUUAUGUAUGAGCAUAUUCGUGCGUUUAUUUUCGCGUA